AUGACUGGAACAGCCCCUGAACAGGCACGUGUCAUUAAAAUCAAGUGGCAGAAGCUUGGGAUCAGGGUCACUGCCUUGAUGACAGUCGUGGAAAACUCGCACCUCAUUGACCUGCUAUUCAAAAAUCUUCCAUAUCGUGCCCUUCAAAGCCAUGCGUUAGUGUCCGGUGAUCACCUAUAUCACAUUAUUCCUGCCGAGGAGUUCAUCGAAAGAAGCUGCCUAAACCUCAUACGUGUUAUUCAAUACUCACACAGAUUGCAUAUGGCAAUAAAGUAUGGCCCUCUUUCUGAAUAUCUUCCUGCUGCACCUUGUAAAUUUGUCAUCCCUGAGGACAAACACAAGCUGCCAAAAGCCGGGAAUAGCCUGUGGCAUGCCUGUUAUGAUACCGCACAGGCUAUUAAUGUGGUGGUUUGGGACGCUACUCAGUCUGAACUGACUCAUUAUCUUCCAUUCCAAAUCCGCCGGACGAGUGCUAGAGAAGAGACUGAAACGUCGUGGUCGGGACUAUCUCAGGACCUUGAGCUUAUUCAUAAGGGUCUAGCACCUUCGGGCACAGGCUCAAAAGGUUCUUAUUUUUUUACGAUGGUUUCCCUCCAAGGACAGAUAAGAGCUCUAGGCUAUACCGUCCUGAGUAAUCUAGUUCGCAUGGCAGUAAUUCAGCCUCACUUUGAUCUGCAGCACUUGGUCACUAUGUACAGAAUUCUGGCGUCGCCAAUUGUCGAGUUCUGUGGUUAUAUGGUCACUAGAUUUCUUUUGGAAAUGCAUGGAAAGAUUGAUGCGGCUAUUAAGCACAGCGUUGAGAAUAGCCCUGACAAGCUGGAGGAUGAUCGGUGCAUUUGCUCAGCUGCAACCUCGCUUGCAGGCUGCAGUAGCUGGUAUGGAUGCUUCUUACUCAAACCCCGCCCUUCUACAAAGAUUCCGCGCUACCUGAUAUUAACAGGGAUGGGGAGGCAAUCAUUUCCUGCACAUGAGGUUAUAUCGGGAUUUGCUACAAAAGACGAGCUCCAAUCUGCGCAUCAACUGGACUCAUUUGACAUCAUAAAAACGAAACUAUUACUUUGGGUUAUGGGCAAUUUCUAA